AAAAUGUCUAACCACCGCAAUUUGAAGGAUUUAUUUCCCUCAAAAUUGAAUUACAUGAAACCAAAAAUUGUAUAUAGUGUAUUUAUAUUGUUAGGAACAACAAAGUGAAACAACAAAAUAAACUCAUAAAUCGCCAUUAGGUUUAAGUUAAUUUACAAGUUUUUUUUAAUUAGCUCAAUUAACCUAAAAAAAUAAAAACAAAUAAUCUGAAUAGAGGAGUGUUACACCUUAAAAAAUAAAAAUAGUUUAAUUAAAUAUAUAAAAACAGGAUCAAUCAUAAAUAUAAAUUUAAUCUAAGCAUUUACGAAAUUAAAGUGCUUCAAAUAUAAAUAGCAGUAGAAGUAGUUCAUUUUUUAAAGAAAAAUAGGAUUACUUAUUUUAAAAUACAAGUUCUCGGAGUCCAAUUUAAACAUUUUUAAAAUAGGAAUUAAAAUCAUCAAAAUUAUUAAUGAAUUCUUAAUUGAAUCAUUAAUAAGCUUCAAAUAUUGAUUUAUAAAGUAAAUCAAAAGAUUAAUCACCAAUGAAACCAGCAUUUUUCGAUAAUUUAGAUAUAAUAAAUAGGAAUACUGGAAGAAAUAAUUCCCAAUCUCCAAAUACAUCAAUAUAAAAAAUAUCUCCAUUUAUUAAUUUAAAAUAAUCAAGCAGUCAUAAUAUUAAAUAUCCAGAAAAUCAAUUUAAAUAAUAAAAUAGUUUGGUAAAAGAAAAUAAGCCAGCUGAAAAGCCAUAUUAAUUAAUAAAUCAUGAGAUUCCACAUAUAUAGAUAAAAAAGUAAGAAUUUUAAGUUUCGAGUUAAUUUAAAUAAAGCAAAGGGUUUGAAAAUUUGUUUAACUCUAUGUUAAAUAUAUAACAUAUAUCUCAUAUUUCUAGAAAUGAAAAUUCAAAGAGUAUUUUAAGAUAAUAAGAAAAGCAUUAAUCAAGUGAUGAAGAGGAAACUUUGAUAGUUGAUUGUAAUAUCUAAAUAAACAAGUAUAGUUUUUAAUUUCAUUAUGUAAUUGGUAAGGGAGGUUUUGGAAAGGUAUGGAAAGUGGAGAUGAAAAAGAGUAAAUAGUAUUAUGCAAUGAAAGAGAUGUCAAAAGCAAAGAUAAUAGCUAAAAGAAGUGUAAAUUCUGUAAUGAAUGAACGAAAUCUUUUGGCAUAAUUUAAACAUCCAUUUUUGAUAAAUAUGAAUUAUUGUUUUUAAGAUAGAGAGAAUUUAUUUUUAGUAAUGGAUUUAUUAACAGGAGGAGAUCUUAGAUAUCAUAUUGGUAAGAUGAGAAGAUUUAAAGAACAUUAAACAAAGUUUUUUAUAGCUUGUGUUAUUCUUGCAUUAGAAUUUUUACAUAAUAAUAAUAUUAUUCAUAGAGAUUUAAAACCAGAGAAUUUAGUUUUAGAUAAAUAAGGAUAUGCAAGAUUGACAGAUUUAGGAAUUGCAAGAAUUUGGAAAUAAGAGAAUUCUUAAGAUACAAGUGGUACACCAGGUUAUAUGGGUAAUAUAUAAUAUUAAAUGAAUAAGCACCUGAAGUAAUGUGUAGAUAAAAUCAUACAAUAGCAGUUGAUUAUUUUGCAUUAGGAAUAAUGGGUUAUGAAUUUAUGUUAGGAAGAAGACCUUAUAAUGGAAGAUCAAGAUAAGAAAUUCGUGAUUAAAUUUUAACAAGAUAAGUAUAAAUAAAGAAAUCUGAAAUUCCUGAUGAUUGGUCAGUAGAAGCAGCAGAUUUUAUAAAUAAACUUAUUUAAAGAAAACCUGCAAAUAGAUUAGGAUUUAAAGGACCUGAGGAAGUUAAAAAUCAUCCUUGGCUUAGAAAUUUUCCUUGGUAAAAACUUUUGAAUAAAGAAAUAGAAUCACCAUACAUUCCAAAAGUAAUUUAUUAUAAUUAAGAAAGUAAAUUGAUGACAAUGCAGAGUAUCUAAAUUAAAUUAGUGAAGAUAAUGAUAGUUAAGACGAAUUAAUUAAAGAAAAUAAGUUAUUACUAAAAAAGAAUUCUGUUCAAAAUUUAUUUAGUGGUUAUAGUUAUGAAUAUAACUCAAAAUACACAAAGAGUACAUCUAGUACACUUUUUCUAGGAUGA